CCAACAUGCAAUUCGUGUCCAUCCAACAUUGGAAAACAUGAGAGACCUUCUACCACGCCUCGAUGCUUUUGUGGAGGCCCUGUCAAAACAUCCUGAGCUCAAUAAUACCAGGUAUAUUCUAGCACAUAAAGAUUUGCACUUUGGAAACGUCAUGUAUGACGAGUUGAGCGGCUGCAUCACAGGCAUAUUGGAUUGGGAAUUCUCUAGCAUCGUGCCAGCGCCCCGCUGGAAUCCCGUCAGGGCUUUUCUGUGGAAUGGCCAGUACGCUCCAGAGGCCACUGAAGAAAAGAAUCGUGUCAAUGAGCUGUUUAGAGAACGUUGCAUAGCGCGAGGAUUGGCAUCUCUGAUAGAAGAGACAAAUUUUAGCUCGACUAUACAGCAAGUGAUGCAAGAUACAGUCAAUUACUUGCGUGCAAUUGUCGAGGUCAGCCCACGCCAUCAAAAGGCAGAGGUGGUUCCUAGCUGGCGGGCUUCCCUUGAGGAAGGGCUGACUGCUUUUAAGGUCUGAAAGGCUUUGUAAAUAUAAGCCCCCCAUAUCGCUAGCAUAGAGCCGAAUCAGAAGACAAUUAUCAAUGCAUACGCUAUAUAGAAUUUAGUUUUUAAACGCUGGAAAAUAUCUCUUCAAGCCAGAAUCCAAGAAUCUCAUGCCAAUAGGUUUCACCAGAUAGUCAUCAGCACCAGCAGCACUCGCGGCUUCUCUAUCUACAUCACUGUCUUGCCCAGUCAC